CCGCCAGCCGUCGGGGGGCGGGGGGCGGGCCUGCCUGGGGAGGGCCCCCAGCCCUGCGGGGGAGACCCCCGCCCGGCCCGCCCGCGGCUCCCUUUGUGCGGGGGGCAGUGGUGCAGCGGAGCCGGGGGGAGGGGCGCCGCCACCCCCGUGGGUGGUACAGGUGCGGCCUGUGCGGCUGGCCCGCGUGGCCCAGGUGAGUGUCCCAGCGUCCUGUCGCGGGCGCCGGACUGGGUCGCGUCCCGACUCCGCCUCCUCUGCCUCCUCGCAGCCGGCUCGAGCCUGCCCAGGCAGCCGUUGUGCCGGCAGUUCCGCCAGGGGGUGCCGGGUCCGAGCGAGCGACAGCGGUGUCCCCGGAGACCCUGCCGCGGGUGUACCGCUGGGCCGAGCACUCGACCACAGUGCUGCAGAGGCUGAAUGAGCAGCGUCUCCGCGGUCUCUUCUGUGACAUCGUCCUGGUGGCCGACGAGCAGCGCGUGCCCGCCCACCGCAACCUGCUGGCCGUGUGCAGCGACUACUUCAACUCCAUGUUCACCCUGGGCAUGCGCGAGGCCUUCCAGAAGGAGGUGGAGCUGAUCGGCGCGUCCUACAUCGGCCUCAAGGCGGUGGUGGACUUCCUGUACGGCGGGGAGCUGGCCCUGGAUGGCGGCAACAUCGACUACAUCCUGGAGACGGCCCACCUGCUGCAGAUCUGGACAGUGGUGGACUUCUGCUGCGAGUACCUGGAGCAGGAGGUGAGCGAGGACAACUACCUGUACCUGCAGGAGCUGGCCUCCAUCUAUAGCCUCAAGCGGCUGGACGCCUUCAUCGACGGCUUCAUCCUGAGCCACUUCGGCACGCUGUCCUUCACGCCCGACUUCCUGCAGAACAUCUCCAUGCAGAAGCUGUGCCUGUACCUGAGCAGCAGCGACGUGCAGCGGGAAUGCGAGCACGACCUGCUGCAGGCCGCCCUGCAGUGGCUGACGCAGCAGCCGGAGCGCGAGACCCACGCCUACCAGGUGCUGGAGCACAUCCACUUCCCCCUUAUCCCCAAGAACGACCUGCUGCACCGCGUCAAGCCAGCCGUGUGCUCGCUGCUGCCCAGGGAGGCCAACUGCGAGGGCUUCAUCGAGGAGGCCGUGUGCUACCACAACAGCCUGGCGGCCCAGCCGGUCAUGCAGACCAAGCGCACGGCGCUGCGCACCAACGAGGAGCGCCUGCUGUUCGUGGGGGGCGAGGUCUCCGAGCGGUGUCUGGAGCUCAGUGACGACACCUGCUACCUGGAUGCCAAGAGCGAGCAGUGGGUCAAGGAGACACCCCUGCCGGCCCGGCGGAGCCACCACUGUGUCGCCGUCUUGGGGGGGUUCAUCUUCAUCGCUGGUGGCAGCUUCUCGAGGGACAAUGGAGGGGACGCAGCAUCCAAUCUUCUUUAUAGGUAUGACCCCCGCUGUAAACAGUGGAUCAAGGUGGCCUCCAUGAACCAGCGCCGCGUGGAUUUCUACCUUGCUUCCAUUGAAGACAUGCUGGUGGCCGUCGGUGGCCGGAAUGAAAACGGAGCUCUCUCUUCUGUAGAGACUUACAGUCCCAAGACUGACUCCUGGUCCUACGUGGCCGGUUUGCCAAGGUUCACGUACGGCCAUGCAGGCACCAUCUACAAAGACUUUGUGUACAUCUCGGGGGGCCACGACUACCAGAUCGGCCCUUACCGCAAGAACCUGCUGUGCUACGACCACCGGACGGACGUGUGGGAGGAGCGGCGGCCCAUGACCACGGCGCGGGGCUGGCACAGCAUGUGCAGCCUGGAGGACCGCAUCUACUCCAUCGGGGGCAGUGACGACAGCGUGGAGUCCAUGGAACGCUUCGAUGUGCUGGGCGUCGAGGCCUACAGCCCGCAGUGCAACCAGUGGACCCGCGUGGCCCCGCUGCUGCACGCCAACAGUGAGUCGGGGGUGGCCGUGUGGGAGGGCCGCAUCUACAUCCUGGGCGGCUAUAGCUGGGAGAACACGGCCUUCUCCAAGACGGUCCAGGUGUACGACCGUGAGAAGGACAAGUGGAGCAAAGGCACCGACCUGCCCAAGGCUAUCGCUGGCGUGUCCGCCUGCGUCUGCGCCCUGAAGCCGAGGCUGGAGGACAAGAAGAAGAAGGGCAAGGCCAGGAGGCACCAGGACCGGGACCAGUGACCCCACCCUCGCCUGCUGGGACCCCCGUCCCCACCGCCACCUCCCAGAGUAUCUGUAGGCCAGCAACAACUUUGUAGAACCCUGGACCCACGAUGUACCACUUAGCGGCUUUUUUUACUUUUAUGAUUCUUGGUAUUUCUAUAUCACCGUAAUCAAUUAAAUAUUCUAUGUAACUUUACUUAUUAUCUUGCUUGAAUAAUUAAACCUAGGCCCAGGCAGGAAAUAACCCCCUUACGUCUGUCUACGCAGGGCUUCUCCCCACAUUACAAAUGCUUGGGGCUGCCCCUCUCCAUCCCCCUGAAAGUAGCUAAGGCAGGGUCUAUGCAGAAAUUUUUGUAGUGAAACUUGAGGCUUUAGUGGGGACGGUUCUGACCCCCUCGUCAAUGCCUCCCCAAACCUGGCUGAGCUUUUAAAAAUACAGAUGCCUGGGCCUCAUCUCAGAAUGAUCGCGUCUAAAACUACCAGGACUGGUGGGGGGAAGUGGCUGAAAACUGUAUCUUAACCAGUUCCUGGAAUGACUGAGCAUCAACCACGUUUGGGAGUCACUGGCAAGGCCAAGUGCAUUCGUUUUUAUAAGUAGGGACACCGAGACCCCAAGAGGGUGAGUCGGUGACCAAGGGUCACCAGCUGGCUGAACAGUCAGGCGAGACCUGGGACUUCUCACCAGGAAGCUGUUCCCACUGGGAUUUUCUUACCCGGUGACUUGUUACCGAAUAAUCCCAUUUUUCCUGGUUGGUAAUCUUCCUGAAUUCUAAAAGGGUACAGGUAAUCAGGGAGGAAAGGGGGGAAAGGCAUGAUGUUCUUUAUAAACAUUAUUCUAUAAUUUGGGCUUUUUUUUUAACUUUCUUUUUUCUGGAACCCACUGUUUCUUAUAUCACUGAUGUACUGAGCCCCCCACCCCCCGAUGUACAUUUAUUUCUCAGGAAAGGAAAAGGGAGCACCCCCUAGAAUUCGCCAUUGUCUUCUGUGACUCCAGCUCCGAGGAGCCAUCGAAAGCGUUUUUCCCAGUGAGCGCUCGUCAAUCCCUAAGGUUGGCGAGUGCCUCCCCCCACUCAAGCAACAGACCCCAGUCCCAGCCUUCUGCUGCUUAGUCGUUUUGUGCCACUGGGCAAAUUCUUGAACAAGUUUUGAGCUGUUUUCCUCAUUCAUUAAGCGACAGGGUUCGAUGAAAUAAUCACCAGGCUCCUCCGAGGGGUGAAGCUCUUUCAGUCUAUAUAAGCUAUUAGAAUAUAUUCAGCACCUCCUUCUGAGAUGUGUGACCGCCCUGCACUGAUUCCUGCAGUGACUAGGACGUCGAGAGUGCGGGCCCUUGAAGGCGAGUGUGAGACUACCAGCCACGUCACUGUGUAACUCAAAGUAUGAUGGGAGAACAGGCGCGUGGUGGGUUUUAACCAUGAGCCAAGGGAGGCAUUAGUGAAUUACCUUGGCAAAGAUCUGAUUGCAGAGAUGAGAAAACUUCAAGAUGUAUUAUUCACAUUGAUAUUAGAAUAAGCUCAGUUUGUUUUUGUCUCUUUACUGCACUUCCUUUCCUUUCCUUCAAGGUGUACCUUGAUUAGGCCUAUUUCUGUAGUGACCAGGAGAGCGGAGAGUGACUUGGGCAUUGAAAGCUUCAGUACUCAAAUCAUGGCCCUCUACUGCUAGUUGGGCAAGCGGUCUGCGCAUUGAGCUGGUUCCUUGCAUGUGGGAGUCGCUAAAGGCUUAUACAAACUGUGGAGAAGUUCUGCAUGAACUAUUACUCUUCCAUCAACCCAGCAGCUCCAAACUUCUUCUAAUCUCAUACCUAGUUCCAGGCCUCCCUGAAACACAUUUUGCAGAACUUCUGCCAACUUGGGGAUAGUUUAGCCGCUUGCAAUUCCAGAAUAGGGUUCAUUACUUGAAGACCCUUUACAAGGCAUGGAACCUGUGGCCUGUUCUCCCCGGCUCAGCUCCGGUCAUGAACAAAGAGGUGGCGCUCAAGCAGAUUCCAGGGGCAGAUGGGGAAGAGCUCAUAGAAAGACUAUUCGUGCUUUGGGAAGCCAGAUGGCUUUGACCUUGGGGAAAGGACAGCCAUCAGUUUUUAACCUAAGCCAGCUGUUUCAUUUUCAAGUACCAGAACAUGUCCCAGGAUGCGGGCCUCUGGCCUCUGUUUCGACUUCUUGUGCCUUUUGGGUUACUUACAGUGUCCCGCCCCUGCUAUCUUGGGUUGCCUGUCCUGCCACUGUGAAGGCAGUUUGCUGUACACGGCUUAGAAUCUCAUAUUAUUGAGGUCGGGGGAGCGUUCCUUUAAAGGUAGGCUUGAGCAUUACGUUUCCUCGUGUGGACCAACUUUGGAUGAUUGAUGGUGGCUCCACUUACAAUAAGAAAGUUUUUCAAGCUUGUUCAAGGUCAAAGGAAGGCAGCGCGAUACCAGUGAGCAGUGUUUGCCUAGGCAUAGAGAGCGAAGUGGUGGGGCGCACAGCAAGCAGGCUUUUGCUGUUCACGUGUUCAGAUGGAAAUCAAACUAAGAAUGGAAGAAAAGGGUUUUUAACUCAGAUGGGCAGAGCUCGGGGAUGUACUUAGUUAUGCGGGUCGCCAUUCGAACUGCCAAAUCAUGAUGGUGUCGUUUCAAACCUAAGGAACAAAGGCCCAGAUGCUUGCAGGCGGACAUCUUGAGAUGAAAACAGCAAUAUCUGCCCUUAACGUUGCCAAAUUGUCAAUUCUCUGAGCGGAACGUUGAGAAUAUCUGGAUCAUUGUUUUGAUCUUUCAAAAUAAGCAUGGUGGGCUUUUAUUCAGCUUUUGUUUUUCUCACUUUUAAAGAACUAGAGUUUGUAACGUCGUAGCAAUUGUAGGUUUUGAGUUUGAUCCUCAUGCCGGUCACGUUUGCUUCAGUUUAUGUUUGCUUAAGACAUAAAUGUAUAAUAAGAGAAGGAAGGAGACAGAAAAGCUGGAGAAACCCUUUUUCCGUAGGGUGGUCUUUCUGCUGUUGAAGACAUACAGAGAUUGUCUCAGCAACUUACUUGUAUGGAUGGCGCAAUCAGUGUUUUUAACAUUCUGCCAUUUUAGAUAGACUACCAGGUAGGACUUCCCAAUCUGGAUCUCAGCAGAAAAUCUCAUGUGUGUGUUAUAUUCUGAACGUCCCUCCCCUGGCCCCUAAUUGAUAAGGCAACCUCAUGAAGACUUAAUAGAAAUCCCGGAAACCAACCCUAAGGGGUGUUCAGUUUUGGGUGGAAACCCAAACACCAAAAGGGGUGGAGUCCCUCCCCACUCUGUGAGUUCAGGUGAGUUCACCUGUGGUUCAAAGUACCUGGCCCCAAGGCCAGGAGUUUGGUGAUUUGAGCAAUGUGGGAAGUGAGAGCACCUCUGCCCCACCCGCUUGGAGAGUUACCAGCCUUUAUCUCUCACCUGGCCAUCCGUGGCACGCUGCAGCCUGAGCAGCACCUCCCAGGCCUUUCAGCUCUCGGAGCUUUUGGCUAGAAUCUCAGACCACUGGUCCCGAACCUGGAGGGGCAGUUCCAGCCAUGGCCUGACAUCCUCACUGUCUCUGUGGAUUCUGAAUGUCUUCAGAGGGGGGGGGGAAGCAGUGUCCUGGCCUCCAGGACAAACCUCUGGAGCAUAGGGCAGCUCCAUGGGCACUUGGAGAUCCUGCCCUAUGCGUCUGCCAAUGCUGGCAGUUUUUAAAGUUUUUUGAAAUGUUUUGAUACUUUUUUUAUACCAUUUGCUAAUAACCAUUUUGUAGGUUGCCUGCCGGGGUUUUCCACCUCACCCCCGACCUCCACCCCUUUAAGCUUGCACUAGACAGGAAAUGUCUUGUGGUCAGUGCCAGGAUUUCGUCCGCCUUGUGUGGUUUUGUCUUGGAUCUUGCCCUCCUCCGUGGCUGUGAUCUGAUACAACUCUUGCAUUUUGUAAGGCCACACGUGGCCUAUGAGUAUGACCGACUUAGGCUCCCAACUGAGCAAGAGGGCACUGAUUUGCCAAGAGGACACUCUCACUUCCUAGACAUGUUCCACACUUCUUCCGAAGCUCCUACCUCAGCAGUGUGCAGAGUUGAAAAAAUACCUGAGGACUGAUCCACAGAUCACCUUUCUCAUACGGGUCAUUUCUCAACCCAGGGCAUAGCUGGGGUCCUGAUCCACUCCCGUCCACUCCUUCUUGUAAAGAAAUUUUAACAUGAAAUCCACAAAAUCUGUCACAGUGAACCAUGCUGCACUUUAUAGAAUUGCCCUCAGCUUUGGACUUGUUCUUUUCUUUGUAGGGUUUUUUUGUUUUUAAUAAAAUGUGUGGCUUCUGAGGAUGUUUUGGGGUCUCAAGAAAUUGUCUUUUGGUUGCCUUCGUUAAAAGAGUUGAAUGAAUGUACAAAUUGGUGGGGCGGGGGCGAGCAGAGGGGAUGAACCCUUCUUCCAUGUCAGUUUUCUUUGAGAAAAGGAACUCCACCCUUUCAAAAUUACUUGAAGCCAUCUUUCCAGGUUUCCUUGCAGUUUAAAGAAGUAUAAAGUCCUUUGGAUCAAUUGAAGUUAAUCAUUACCACCAGCCUUCUGUCAAAAUUAGUAAGAUAUUUGACCAUUAAUUCAUUGGGUAUGUUCUGGCUACUAAUGUUACCGAAAUCUGUAAUCGCAUGUGUUUGUUUUUUAAUUUGUUGCUUUUGUAUUUGUAACUUUAUGACACUCGAAGCUUUUCUGUGUCUUCUUUUUAAUGAAUUUUCUGCACGUUGAUUUUUUUCCUUUGUUUUUAAUUCCAUACAGAGUAUUCAGUUCCCAAAACACAUUAAAAUGAUUUGCCUGCUAGGGUAUGGCUUAUUUUAUAAUUAUGUUCCUAGUCUUGUGUGGUUACUGUAAUGCUCUUCAGUCUUAUUUUCUGUG